AUGGGAAGCAAAACGGAAUCAAAAAGGUGGAUGCUUGAGAGCAUUGAAAUUGAUAGGAUGCGGGGUGUUCCUGUUAAUGAUGAACCUAAAGCCACCUUACCGCCCAAGGAACCUGCUGAUGCAUUCAUCAAGAGGAGUGCAAGUAAUCUUGGGGCAUCCCUCAGAAGGACUACAAGUAGUGCCUUGAGGAAGACUGGGGUUCUCUCUUCGAAACCUCCUCUCCCCAAGAUAGAAAGAACAGCAUCAUCAGCUUCUAGAGGACUUAAAAGCCUAAGGUUUCUUGAUAGAACAAUGACAGGAAAGGAAAUGGAUGCAUGGAGAUCCAUCGAAAGGCGUUUUGAUCAAUUUGCAGUUCAUGAAAGGCUCCCUAAGGACAAAUUUGGAAUCUGCAUUGGACUAGGAGAUUCAAAAGAGUUUGCAGGAGAAAUAUUUCAUGCAAUUGCCAGGCGUAAGAAUAUAUGCCCCGCAAAUGGGAUAACAAAAGAUGAGUUGAAAUUAUUUUGGGAAGACAUGACUAAACAAGAUCUUGAUUCUCGUCUUGGAAUAUUUUUUGAUAUGUGCGACAAGAAUGGGGAUGGGAGGCUUUCGGAGUUGGAAGUGAGGGAGGUUAUAGAGUUGAGUGCCUCUGCAAACAAGCUCACAAAUCUUAAACAGCAUGCGGCAGUCUAUGCAGCUCUAAUCAUGGAAGAACUUGAUCCUGAUCAUCUUGGAUAUAUAGGGCUUUGGGAGCUUGAAACUCUGCUAAGAGGGAUGGUGAAUAAUGAAGAUCAAACGACGAAGCUCGAUGAAAAAACGCAUAAUCUCACAAAUGCCAUGAUCCCAAGAAGAUAUAGGACUCCUGUUACCAAAUUCUUGACUGUGUCAGUAGAAUAUAUUCAUGAGAACUGGAGGAGAAUAUGGGUUAUCGCGUUGUGGUUAGGUGUAAACUUCGUACUCAUUUUUUGGAAGUUUAAGGAAUUCGAGAAAUCACCGCUAUUCAAAAUCUCAAGUUAUUGUGUCUGUCUUGCCAAGGCUUCUGCCGAGAGUCUCAAGUUUAAUAUGGCCCUCAUUCUUCUUCCUGUCUGCAGAAGAACACUUACUAAGCUUAGAUCAUCAUUUCUCGGCACCUUUAUCCCUUUCGAUGACAACAUAAGCUUUCACAAGACGAUUGCUUUGGCCAUAGUAAUUGGGACUCUGGCUCAUACUCUAGCACAUAUGCUUUGUAAUAUUCCGUUGUUGAGUUCAUGCCCAGAAGGCAAAUUCAUGCUAUUUGCCGGACCAUUGUUCCAUUACCAACAGCCAACUUAUUGGUUCUUCAUGCGAAGCAUUGUAGGCGUAACCGGAAUUCUGAUGAUCCUUAUAAUGGGGUUCUCAUUUACUUUGGCGACACACCAUUUCCGAAAGAACGUCAUUAAGUUACCAGGGGUAUUUCACAGAUUGGCAGGGUUUAAUGCCUUUUGGUAUGCGCAUCAUCUGCUCGCCCUAGCAUAUCUACUGUGCAUUUUGCACGGGUACUUCUUAAUAUUUGAAAAGCCUUGGUAUGCCAAAACGACAUGGAUGUAUCUCAUUGGCCCAGUAUUGUUCUAUGCCACUGAGAGAGUCUUCACAAAAAAUCAGGAACGCUUUCACCGAGUUGAUGUCAUUAAGGCAAUUAUAUAUACAGGGAAUGUUCUUGCUCUAUACAUGGGCAAGCCUCCAGGAUUUAAGUACGAAAGUGGAAUGUACCUCUUUAUCAAAUGCCCGGAUUUGUCCAAGUUUGAAUGGCAUCCCUUCUCCAUCACUUCUGCACCAGGAGAUAACAAUUUGAGUGUCCACAUAAGAACUGUGGGUGAUUGGACUACAGAACUCAAAAACUUAUUUGCGAAGGUCUGUGAGCCCCCCCGGGAUACUAAACAAAACCAAGGAAGGCUAAAGAGAAUGGAAACUAAAGCAUUGUCAAACUCAAACUUCGAUCAGAUACAAGCAACAUUUCCAAAGAUCCUGAUCAAAGGACCAUUUGGAGCCCCCGCUCAGAAUUACAAAAAGUUUGACAUAUUACUGCUCAUAGGUCUAGGAAUUGGAGCAACUCCAUUUAUCAGCAUUUUGAAGGAUCUGCUCAAUCAGAUUAAAUCAAAUGCAGCGGAGUCGAGGAGGGACCAACGAAUGGGUUCAACUGAUAAAAAGGGUCCAGAAAGAGCAUACUUUUACUGGGUCACAAGAGAACAAAGUUCUUUUGAUUGGUUCAAGGGUGUCAUGGACGAUAUAGCAGACUAUGAUGAUAAUAAUAUAAUUGAAAUGCACAACUACUUGACUAGUGUGUAUGAAGAAGGAGAUGCAAGGUCUGCACUUAUUGCCAUGGUACAAAAACUGCAGCAUGCAAAGAAUGGACUUGAUGUUGUCUCCCAAAGUCGGAUAAGAACGCAUUUUUCAAGACCCAACUGGAGAAAGGUAUUUACUCAAAUGGCAGAAACACAUAAAUCUUCUCGGAUAGGCGUCUUCUACUGUGGAAGUGCUCUACUUGUCAAACCACUGAGGGAGCUUUGCCAAGAAUUUACUCUAAAUUCAUCAACUCGUUUCCAAUUUCAUAAGGAGAACUUCUAA